AUUGCAGUUAUUUUUGUUCUUACUAUUUUUGUAUUCUUAUUAAAUAGUGUAACUAAAUAAGACGGUACUAACGCUCAAUUCAUAAUGAACAUUUCCAGUUAAGCUUAUCGUAGUUGCAUCGUGUGUGGAGCUCGCGGAGUCGUAUGAUAAGAACGUUAAGCCGUAAGAUUGGAACGCUUCUCUAAAUCUUAAAUUUUCGGAGACUGGAUUAUAAAUAUGGCAGACACAACAUCAACUGCAAAGGUGAGCCAGAUAUUUAUUUCUGCUGGUGAAGCAUUUACAAAGCUUGCAGAACUAACCAUGCAAAUUAAUACACAAGUCGAAACUCCACCUGGGGGACAGCUAAAGACUGCAAUCAAACGAAAAAUUUAUGCGGAAGCAGGAAUUCCUAUAAUCAAAAAACAACAACAAGGCCGAAAACGAACGUCAACUAAUGAUGGUGUGAGUUCCACCAACUUGCCUGCAGAAACUGUCACUUUUGAUGACUUCACAAGCACCUUGGAUGGAAAUGAAGCAAAAAAAUCAAGACUUUCUGUCGGCAAACAUUUAAGUACUUCCAGCACAACGCAUGCAAAUGACAGUGGUCUUGUUGACGUGGAGAAUUUGGAAGAAUCAAACUCUUCUACUAAAAAAUUUGACCGCUUUAUUGGUUCACAAUUGGAACGUCAAUCAGUCAGCGAUUUAAAUGAGCUUGCUGUUAGUAAUCCACCUCCUCUACCUCCAUUUGAUCUUGUUUCUGAUCCUUGCUGACUUUAAUACUAAUAUCUUUUUUGAAAAUUUUAAGUUGAAGUUGUUUUAGUGCUAUUAAAUACUAAUAGCAAGAAUUGUCUCUGAAAGCUUUCGUAGUUUUCAGACCCCAAGUUUUAUAUUUGUUGAAGUGCUGAAAAUCUGUUUCCCAUUUAUCUCUUAUUGUCAUGCGUUUUAAAUUAUGACACAAUUUAGUUGUAUUUCUUGUAGUUUUUUGCCCCCUCUUACGGAAUAAAAAUUGUUAACAUCAAUAGGAAAAUACAUGCAGGUGAGUACUGUGUGCAUGAAUAAAAAACAAAGAAAGGUAAUACCUUUGUUUUGUGGGACUAACGAUAAACCUUAGAAUUACAUGUGGACCCUAAAGUGUUUUUAGAACAAUGUCAUCGUUCACGAUCAUUCUGUUUGCAUUGAUUGUGUGUAGUAGGCUUAUUUCUAAGCAGUAAAACAAUGUUGUAAACAUUUGAAACUAAUCAACCAAACACCGUAUAAUAAGACAAAUUUGAUUACGCAUUAGAGAAUAAAGAGGUAAAUAUUAUAAAUACCUAAACAUAUGAUGUAAUCGCCGACGUUUAAAAGGUAAAUAUUAUUUGUUGUUAGUAAUAAAGAUUGGCCUUAACACUAGGUUGCGCUUUCAAGGCAACAAGGGGACGACACAGGCGCAGCUAACAUCUGUUGCAUGUAAAUUUUCGUUUCUCUGUUAGUACAUAGUUUUGUAGCUUAGGUUCCUAACAGCAAUAUGAAUCAACAAACAAACCACAACGACCUCGAGACGACCAAUUCCAAUCAAUUGGUCAACGAUAACAAUUACACCGAAGAUAUUAACACAAGAAUGAAAGUACCAACCAAGUUGUCAGCCUUGCAGGAAAACGGAGAUGAUUACCCAGCACCAUAUCAACAAAUGUCAACAUUUUCUGCAGAUCAAGAAAGGUACAUUGCCGCAAAUCCUGCCUUGAGGAUGGAAGUCCCCGAAAGAAUUGUUGUAUCAGUUGGUGAGAGUGGGUCAAAGUUCUCAGCCGGAGAUGCAAGGUCUAGUUCCCCUCUGUUUGACCAACCUUAUGCUGCUACUGUUUCACUAGCCACCCCUCCCCGGGUUUUAACUGUGCAAGAUAGUCCUUUGUACAGGAACUCUGAGGAGACCCAUUCUUCACACAAAGCAAAUCAUUCCACUGACUCAUUGCUUGCUGUAAACAAGCCUUGCGUUCAUAAAGAUGUGAUCGUCCCCAAAUUACUUAGACCAAAUGUAUUGGACUUGAAUCAAGUUAAAGUGAAACCUGUAAUGGGAGCUAGUGAUGCAGCGGAUGCAUUCAUUAAUCCACACCAACUUUUGGACAACUUGCAAAAAGAGAGCAAAAAAUUUUAUGAGCAAGUCAUGGCAAAGUUGAGACAAACUGAAAGUGAUGAUUCGGACUCUGAUACUGACGGGUAUUCUGAUCAAAUGGCUCUCACAGACCUUUCAUCCACAGAAGAUCUUGAUGAUGUUUCAUUGAUGAAAAAACAGAUCUUCAAGCUUCAUAGAAGAAUUACAGUGUUGGAAAAACACCAGUCUGAUACAAAUCGUAUAAACUACUGUGUUUAUGGGUUCACUGUUGCUUUCUGGUUGCUCAACGGAUGGUUUCUUUACAAUCAUAGACGUCUUUAUUAAAAUCUCUUCAACAAAUCAAAAUGAUCUUGGUUACUUUUAUUUAUUGUUGCACUGCCGGCAAAAAAUCAUCUUUAAUGCAGCUUGAUGAAACACCCAGAUUCCAGCAAUAUAACAAAUAGAUUACUCACAUAAAUACAAAUGUUUUAAAUAUAAAAGAACUUAUG